GCAUCAAUAAAAGAUUAAAGAGGGAAACCCUGAAGUCUUUUAAGCUUUUAUUCCCGGGAAAAAAAAACAAAGUAAGAGCAGUUUUCGCACAAAGUUGUGUUUCAAGCUUUAAACAAUGGCGGUAGGUACAGUCGAAGAACCCAUGCUUUCCAGGCUUGAUCGUCUCGAUACCAUUGUGAGGCAAUUGGAAGAAAUACGAGGGGGAAACAGAACACCGAAGAGUUCUUGUGCAUCGACACCAUCGAGUGGCACAUUGACUAGCGAAGGUCAAAUAUCAUCCAUUGAUUUCUCUCCCAGGAGCUUAGAGAAGCACUGUCGUCCGAUUGACGACGUGAUAGUGGAGACAGGAGUCAAAGGCACACUCAUCGAGAGGCUACUUUAUGUGGAAGAGCGUGUAGCCAAGUUGUGUAUGCAGAUGGAAGAGGAGAUAGAAGGAGAGAAAAGGAGACUUGUUGAAGAAGAGGCUCUGAAGAAGAAGACGACAGAGAGAAAGAAAAAGAGAGGGUUGAAGGAGUUGGUCAAAUCUUGUGUUACAGGCAACAAUUCCUCGAAACAAAUGUAAAUCAUCAAGUUUUUGAUCACGUGUUUUGUUUCUCCUUUCUUGAAGUUGAAAG